AGACCACGGAGAAGGAGAGGAAGAAGAGCAGGUAUCCAGGGCCCGGCUCGCCGAGACCGUGCUGCCUCAGAAGGGUUCAUCCAGACUCUCCUGCUGACUGGCUUUUCAUCCCCUCGGUGAGUGGAAUCUACGAGCGUGAAGGCUCGAACCCCGAGUAUUUACGUCCAUUAACUCGAGCCCCUGCUAAAAAUGAUGCUUCUACCCCGCUGAACAUGGCACUUUUUAAUGCCCGAUCAUUGACUAAUAAAUCGUUUGUUCUUAACGAUUUUAUAUCUUCCAAAAAACUGGACUUCCUAUUUCUGACCGAGACCUGGCAGCGGGACUUGGACUAUUCGUCUCUCAUUGAACUGUGCCCGAACGGCUAUUCCGUCAUCGGCCAGCCUCGGGGAUCUGGUCGUGGAGGAGGUCUCGCGGUGGCAUUUCGGGGCCGUUUCAACUGCCGCUCAGUGAAAGUUGGACACUUUCUUUCGUUUGAAUUACAGCUGAUCAAAAUCGAAAGUAAGGAUCCUUUUUAUUGUGCUGUGGUGUAUCGUCCACCCGGCCCAAAUAGCUUGUUUUUAUCGGAAUUUAGCGACUUGUCCUCUUUUCAUUUUACCCAGCAUGUGUCAGGCCCCACACAUAACAAAGGACACACACUGGACCUUGUUUUUACUUUGGGUUUGAAUAUUGAUUCUAUUUGUUCUGAGGACAUUUUUAUCUCUGAUCAUCACUGUAUUCUUUUUAACAUGUCUUUUCAUGAGCCGUUGUCUCCUGUUCACCGGACAAUUAUCUCGCGCAUCAUAAAUUCCUCCACAGCGGAGAAUUUCUCAGAUGCUUUUAAUUUAACUUUAUCCCCGCAAAACGGAGUUGAUUUCUUAACAGAUCUAUUUAAUAACCAUUGUUUUUCGAUUUUAGAUGAAAUCUGUCCGGUUAAAAUGAGACCAGUUUCUGUUUCCAAAUCCUUACCCUGGCUAAAUGACAACAUCCGCUCCAUAAAACGUGACUGUCGUAAAGCUGAGCGCUUAUGGAGGAAAACUCAUUUAAAUGUUCAUCUCCUUUACUUAAAGGAUCUUUUAGCCUCUUUUAACAAUGCAAUUAGAGAUGUGAGGGCUGCUUAUUUUUCUCAUCUGGUUGCAAAGAGCAAAGGUAAUCCUAAAGUGUUAUUUGACACUAUUACUGAUAUUAUUACUCCUGCUCCAUCUGCUGCCAUUAUUUCUUCUAAUGAAGAUUGUGAAACAUUUCUUUCUUUCUUUCUGGAAAAAAUUGGUAAUGUAAGGAAAAAAUUGUCCCCAUCAGCAUCUGCAUUGUCAGUUCCUACGCCAGCUCGGCCUGUCAUUUUAGAAAGCUUUUUACCCGUCUCACUGUCAGAGCUGGAAAAAAUAGUUAAUGCAACAAAAGCAUCAUCAUGUUCACUCGACAUUAUACCUGCAUCGUUAUUCAAAAAUGUCUUUCACUCUAUUGGUCCCUGUGUGCUCACCAUAGUUAACACCUCACUGGGGUCUGGUAAAGUCCCUGCUUAUUUUAAAACUGCUGUUAUACACCCCCUGUUAAAAAAGCCUAUGCUGGACCCAUCUCUCACUAGCAAUUACAGACCAAUCUCAAAAAUACCGUUAAUUGCUAAGAUAUUAGAGAAGGUUGUGGCUAAGCAGCUUACAGCAGUUUUAGACAAACAUAAUCUCUUUGACAAAUUUCAGUCUGGCUUUCGUAGAGCUCAUUCUACUGAAACAGCCCUUCUUAGAGUUUCCAGUGACAUUCUGAUGCAAAACGAUGCGGGAAAGUGUUCUGUACUCCUAAUGUUGGACCUCACGUCAGCCUUUGACACCGGUGACCAUUACAUGUUGCUUGAAAGGCUGAAAUACUGGGUUGGUGUAUCUGGGUCUGCCUUAGAGUGGUUCUCCUCGUAUCUCUAUGAACGAUACUUUUCUGUGGCGGUCUCUAAGUUCAGGUCAUCUUCCACGUCCCUGUCCUAUGGUGUGCCACAAGGUUCUGUGCUGGGGCCUUUAUUGUUUUUAAUUUAUUUACUUCCUCUCCAGCAUGUUUUGAGCCCUUUUGAGGACAUUCGCUACCACUGCUACGCAGACGACAUCCAGCUAUAUAUGUCUUUUAAACCAGAAGAUGUUUCUAAGCUGCAGAUUCUAAAUGUGUGCUUAGAAACCAUCAAAGGUUGGAUGGCUGACAACUUCCUCCAACUUAAUGAAGAAAAGACUGAAGUCCUUGUAUGUGCUCCAGACAGACAUGUACCUAACAUAAUGAAUGCUCUUGGUCCUCUUUCAACAUUUGUGAAAUCGUCUAUCAGGAACCUAGGAGUAACCUUUGAUUCUGCUCUUACCCUGGAUGUUCACGUCAAAUCUCUGGUUCGGUCCUGCUUCUAUCAUUUAAGAAACAUUUCUAAAUUGAGCCCCAUAGUAUCUCAUACUGAACUGGAGAUUGUUAUUCAUGCAUUCAUUUCAUCAUGAUUGGACUACUGUAAUUCACUGUUUACAUGUCUAAACAAAAACUCCCUGGAGCGCCUGCAGAUUGUCCAAAAUGCUGCAGCAAGGCUUCUGACAAGAACAUCUAAGUACUCUCAUGUGACACCGUUGCUUAUACAGCUGCACUGGCUCCCCGUUGAAUUCAGAGUCCAUUUUAAGAUACUGGUUCUGACAUUUAAAGCUCUUCAAGGACAAGCACCAGCCUAUAUCAUUGAACUUUUACAGCCCUAUGUCCCUAGUAGGUCCCUGAGGUCUUGUGAUCAGGGCCUACUUGUUAUUCAGCAUACUAGGCUGAAAACCAAGGGUGAUAGAGCUUUUGCCACUGUGGCCGCCAGACUGUGGAACUGUCUUCCUCAGAACUUAAGAUCUGCAGACUCAUUGAUUACUUUUAAAAAACAGCUAAAAACACAUC